AUGCCUUUUCCUGACGCCGAGCGAAGCCUCCCAUACAGAUGAGCGCCGAAAGCCACGCACCUCCUGACGUAGCCACGGACCAGUUGCGGUGCCACUCGGUCUCCGUAGCACGUAUUGCGCAGCGUGACUGAUGCUCGACUGGCUCCACGGCGGCCACAUCCGGCUCCCACCGUCGCAGGAAUUCAUUAGAAAGUGGUAUCAUAGCGGCGACGCAACGACGGACAUCGCGGAGGGGGGAGGAAGCUACGGAGAAGCCGUCGACCGCUCCUCGCCGAACUGGACCCUCCCCUCGUCAUUGCCACCGGGAAAGAUGAGUCGCGUCGAGCGCGCGGCGUCUGGGUGCAGUCGUGAUAUGACUGCGUGAGCGCACGAGCCUCCGCCGAAUCGGUAACCGCGACUUCACUGCCCAGAAAGGUGAACGCGGCUUCUUUUUUUUUUUUUUCCUCUUUGCGGUUUUUGCGCAAAUGGCUUCGCACGGCGGCGCGCGGGCAACGUAGCAGCAUCAGCGUCAGCGGAACAGCUGGAGCACAGGAGCUAUGUCCGUGGCUCGCCCGCGUGCGUGUCCGUCUCCAGCGUCGCGCCUCGGGGUCUUCUAAAGUCCAGAGACUCGGAUCUUCGCACGAGGAGCCGAGGCGAGGUUGCGGUGCGGUGCGGUGCGCUCCGAGGCCGGGCUUCCCGCAGCCCUGCCUCCCCGCAUCCUCCGCGGCGCCUCUGCGCCGCGAGCGCUCAGCCUCUUCGACUACAUGGCAGUGGACAUCACAGCCGUCGCUAACCCACCCGAGUGCGUUCGCCGCCUGAAAUACCGAAGCACCGAGACUGAGAUAAUCGACGCGUGGAUCAGCGCCGUGUCUAUGCACCUCACUUACGCCGCCCCGGAAAGGACUUCUUGCCAUUGAGCGCUGGAUAUGCAGAGAUUAACGUGAAGGGAUGGAUCUAAUUAUCUGUGUUGUGGGGCUUCUGGCGCUGAUCGUGGAGGGCAUCCGUUGCCAAGGAGUGUAUGCACCUCCGACCGUCAGGAUCAUACACUCAGGACAUGCCUGUAACGUUGAGGAGGAGAGGCACACGGAGAGAGUCUACACCAUCAGGGAGGGGGAGACGCUGGAGCUCACCUGUCUGGUGACGGGGCAUCCUCGACCGCAGAUUCGAUGGACCAAGACAGCCGGCAGCGUGUCCGAUCGCUUCCAGGACUCCAGCGUGUUCAAUGAAACAUUGCACAUAGCAAAGAUCCUGAGGACCCAGGGAGGUCGCUACUACUGCAAGGCAGAGAACGGGCUUGGCUCGCCUGCCAUCAAAUCCAUCAGGGUGGACGUGUACUACCUUGAUGACCCGGUGGUGACGGUUCACCAGAGUAUAGGAGAAGCUAAGGAGCAGUUCUACUAUGAAAGGACGGUGUUUUUGCGCUGCGUGGCCAAUUCCAACCCGCCCGUCCGCUACAGUUGGCAUCGCGGGAGAGAGAUCCUGACGCAGGGCUCUGAUAAGGGCGUGGAGAUCUACGAGCCUUUUUUCACACAGCAGGGGGAAACGAAGAUAUUGAAGCUGAAGAACCUGCGUCCUCAGGACUACGCCAACUACAGCUGCAUUGCCUCUGUCAGGAAUGUGUGUGGGAUUCCCGACCGCAGCGUCAUCUUUAGACUCACCAAUAAGACAGCCUCCCCAUCCAUCAAGCUGCUCGUGGAGGAUCCCAUCGUGGUGAAUCCUGGCCAGACUGUCUCGUUGGUGUGCAUCACUACAGGUGGGGAGCCUCCUCCCCUGCUCACCUGGGUCAGCACGAAUGACAGCCUGCCUCAGAGGAGCGUGGUGAAGGGGGGCACGCUCACGCUGCCGGCCAUCACCUCGGACGAGGCAGGCGUGUACAGCUGUGUGGCCAGCAACAAUGUGGGAAACCCGGCUAAGAAGUCCACUACCAUAGUGGUGCGAGCCUUGAAAAAGGGGCGAUUCUGGAUCACUCCUGACCCGUACCACAACGAUGACAACAUCCAGAUCGGACGUGAAGUCAAAAUAUCUUGUCAGGUGGAGGCGACCCCUCCGGAGGAGCUGACGUUUAGCUGGCUGAAGAAUGGCCGGGCCCUGCGCAGCUCGGAGCGCAUGGUCAUCACCCAGACGGACCCUGACAUCUCCCCCGGGACCACCAACCUGGACAUCAUAGACCUCAAGUUCACCGACUUCGGCACGUACACGUGUGUCGCCGCGCUCAAGGGCGGAGGGAUCCCUGAGAUCAGUAUCGACGUCAACAUCUCUUCCACAACUGUCCCUCCUCUGUUUUUCUCUUUCUUAGUUCCUCCCAGCUUGACAGUCCCCCGGGGCAAGUCCCCCCUGGUGGCCCGCGAGGGUGACACAGUGGAGCUGGAGUGCCUUGUUUCAGGGAAGCCCAAGCCCAUCAUCCUGUGGUCACGCUCAGAUAAGGAGGUGCCCAUGCCGGACGGGAACAUGCAGAUGGAGAGCUACGACGGUGUGCUGCGUAUUGUUAAUGUGUCCAGGGAGAUGACGGGCUCGUACCGCUGCCAGACCAGCCAGUAUAACGGGUUCAACGUCAAGCCCCGGGAGGCGGUGGUGGAGCUGAUUGUCCAAUACCCCCCGACAGUGGAGCCGGUGUACAUGGAGAAGCGCCAGGGCCUCGGCAGGCCGGUGGUGAUGACGUGCAAGGUGCUGCGGGCGCACCCGUCCCGCGUGCUGCGCUUCGAGUGGCUUCUGUCCAACAGGCUGCUUCACGCCGGGGCCUUCGACGCCCAGAGAGACGAGACGGAGUACACCAUUCGCAGUCUGAACCGAGACGGCUGGGGGGAGUACACCUGCAACGUCAUCAACGAGGCUGGAGCAGGCAAAUGCACCUUCCAGGUCACCGGCAAGGCCUACCCCCCAGAGUUCUACUAUGAUACCUACAACCCUCUGUGGCAGAACAGGCCCAGAGUCUACGGCUUCAAGCUCCAGUGGACCCAGAUGAACCCCGGGGCCGUGGACCGCAUCGUGGCCUACAGACUCGGCAUCAGACAGAUGGGGCUGCAGCGCUGGUGGGAGCAGGAGAUCCCUGUGGACGGCCAAAUCAACAAAGGGGAGCUGAUGACGCACAACCUGACGGAGCUGAUCAAGCCCGAGUCCUAUGAAGUGCGCCUCACCCCCAUCACGCGCUUCGGAGAGGGUGACUCCACCAUCCGGAUUGUCACCUACAGCGCUCCCAUCAACCCUCACCUGAGAGAGUUCCACUGCAGCUUCGAGGAGGAGCCCAUCUGCAUGUUCACGCAGGACAAGAACGAUGACUUCGACUGGACGCGGCACAGCGCCGCCACCCGUGACACCAAGUACACGCCAAACACAGGCCCCAGUGGGGACCGCAGCGGGUCCAAGCAGGGAUUCUACAUGUACAUUGAAACCUCGAGGCCACGGAAGGAAGGGGACCAGGCGCGGCUCGUCAGCCCGUUCUUCAACGUGGCGCCCAAGAACCCCUACGGCAUCACCAACCCGCCCGCCUACUGCUUCGGCUUCUUCUACCACAUGUACGGGAAACACAUAGGAACACUGAACGCCUUUCUGAAGCAGAAGGGCCAGUCAGCGUCGGAGGCGCCUGUGUGGUCGCUGAGCGGUAACCAAGGCAACCACUGGAAGCAGGCCAAAGUCAGCGUGCACCCAACGUCGUCUUUCCAGGUGGUGCUGGAAGGCGUGCGGGGAUCGGGCAUCGAGGGCGACAUCGCCAUCGAUGACGUCACGCUGGAGGAAGGGGAGUGUCGAGACCCCCCGCCGGAUCUCCGUACCAAGGCUGCGUCCACGUCCUCCCAUAUAUGGCUAUUAAGCAUCACCUUAGUGAUGACCCUGCUGGAAGGUCAGAGGUGACCCUCCUCCUCACCUCAGAGGCAAACAUUCAGACCCGCCGUCUGUGAGCUGUACCCUCGACAUCCAAUCACCAAAGAUUCAUGUAACCCGAUGGCCGCGGCGCUCCCCUGACGAGUCGCAUAGGGGCUGAGAUGAACGGAAGAGAGAAAAAAAUAGCAAUUAAAAAAACAAAAAAGGAAACGUCAUGAAGAAGUCGCGCUCCUGCUUUUUUUAAAGAGACCUCUUUUGCAGAAAACUCUCCUCGGUGCGGAACUCGGGACGUCUUCAUGAGCACAAAGACAGGUGGGCGAUGAACUAGCCUGGACUUUGGCAAAAGACUUCACAGGCGUCGAGGGAGGACUGUUUGUAAAGCACAAGAACUAUUUUAUGAAGUUCUGAAAAAAAUCUUUGGGAGGCGGUGGGAUAUAGACACUGCUGACUUUUUGAAGAUGAAAUAACAUUUCCCCGCGUACAAAUACAUGGAAUCAGACCUUUCUCUGUGUAACUUUAUCUUCAUUUUCUUGCACCAGAUGCCAAUCACUGACACUCGUUUUUCACUCUAGCCCAGCCAUCACACCUUGGCAUUUCCUUAUCUGCUUGGUGCUGUACUGUAGAAAACAAGGAACCCUGGCGACGUUUAGUUCUGUCUGCGUAUUCCCCUGUAGCUGCCUAUGUGUCAUUUAACACUGUGCUCACGCGUCCAAGCGGCCAGCGGACGGUGCGGUGGCGCCGGCGACGGAGGUGCGGGCAGCCGGACCGGAGGGCAGACAUGUUGGAGGGCUGGAAAGUGGCGGGGGGGCAGGCAGAGGGUGGAGGAAGGUCCGAUUAGAAUAUCCAAUCAGUGGUCCGUCUGUGGAACAGAAGCCACUUUACUUUCUGCCAUGAAACAAAGUGCCUUCAGAUUACAAACCGAACCGUGAGCCUGGGUGUUGAGCAACAUCAAACACAUCUGUUCAUGUUUCCUCUGAUGGGCUAUUUUCUAUGUUUCUUUUGCCCCACAAGUGCUGAUGGAAGGGCAGGAUGUGUUCAGGGUCAGUACGGGCUUGUGUUGAUAUGACUCCAGAUGGGACCGUCCCCUCCGUGUGUGUGUGUGUGUGUGUGUGUGUGUGUGUGUGUGUGUGUGUGUGUGUGUGUGUGUGUGUGUGUGUGUGUGUGUGUGUGUGUGUGUGUGUUAGCUAUCCCAGGCGCUGCUAGUAGACCCUGAGCACAGGUUUGGAAACAAUCUGGAUAAAAACAGCGGCAAUGGUGAAAGUGAGUGAGGCUCUGGAUGAUUUUUUUUUUUCUCGCAGAGACAGUUUAAGAUCACACAGGAGGAUAAAGACACUUCGGAAUGAAUUCUCCCCGCUCUCGCUUUCCAUAAUUUCCCUUCCCCGUGGGCGAGUGUUUUUUUUUUGUUUGUUUGUUUUU